AUGGGCAAUUCCACGAGCUCCCUCAGCGACUUGAAUCUCUUUUCCAAAGGUGGAGUUUUUACGUCGCAGCAACUUGAUGAAUACCAGGUAAUCAUUAUGAAAAAUUCAAAUAUAAAAACCAAUAACCUCUUUAUGUUAUAGUACUUACAUCUGUUUUUAUAGGAUUGUACAUUCUUCACGAAGAAAGACAUCCUCAGAUUGUACAAAAGGUUUUACGCUUUAAAUCCGGUCAAGAUACCCACAAAUAUGCAAGGCACUCGAACCUCCAUGAUUCACCUGACUUUUGAAGAAGUCGAGAAGAUGCCGGAACUCAAAGUAAUUACAAUUUACAGGAAGUGUAACAAAAUUUUAGGAAAAUCCCUUCAAACGGAGAAUCUGCCAAGUAUUCUCUGAAGAUGGCAGUGGAAACUUGAACUUCGACGACUUCUUGGACAUGUUCAGUGUCUUUAGUGAGAAUGCCCCUCUUCAAUUGAAACUAAAAUACGCUUUCCGUAUCUACGACGACGAUGGGGACGAGCACCUGGGUCACGAUGACAUUAGUAAGAUGAUCAGGUCGCUGACUAGGGACGAGCUGACUGACGAGGAAAUCGAAUUCAUCAUCGAAAGGGUAACAACGUUUAUGUAAAAUAAAUAAUAAAAACCUAUUUCAGAUAAUCGAAGAAGCUGACUUGGACGGCGACCAACAGAUUUCCUUCGCCGAGUUCGAACACGUUGUAUCACGAUCUCCAGACUUCAUCCGCACCUUCCAUAUCCGAAUCUAA